AUGCGCUUGGGUUGGUGAAAUGACCAGCAGGCGGCGCAAGCGAGCGACCGUCGUGUUAAUUUGGAGCGCCGCGAUGUGGUUACGCUGAAAAUAGAAAGAGAAACGAGAGAGAAACGUUGAAACAGAGCGAAAAUAAAAUAGCGGAGGGUAAAACUGGACCCCGCGGAGCACCGCAAUCACGGUGGGCUUGAUGUAUAUCUGACAAAAACGGCCUGCACAGCAAUUCCAGGAUCGACGGGACGUCGUUGAGCGGUCGCGUUUCUUCGUUGGAGCCGCGCUCGGCGGCGAACGACAGAGCAAAAACGACCCCGGGUUUUUGAGUCGCCUCGACAAGAUAGACGCAAGAUGUCCAGCUCGUUCAUACUUGAAUCGAAGGAAAAAUCAAAGAAGGACGACACACUUGUAAUUGUUGUGAAUGACGACGGGACCAUUUCCGUCGAUCAUGAAACACUGCAGAACAUAAUAAUUAAUCAAUCCAACGCGAAUGUGAGCGUAGUAAGGCUCGGUCAAGGAGAAGCAGAUGCUGAAAAUGGUGACAUCACAUUGACUGUCGAUCCACCAGCUUAUGCACCCGAAGGAGCUGCCUCAGGCGCUACGCCUGGGAGUACGGACGCUGGAGUCGGUGGGCUGGUUGAUCCCUUCAUGGAGAUGGAUCCCGAGCAGCUGGAAAGGCUCGAAACCGCAUUACAGAGUGAAGAGGCCAAGCAAAUUUUAGGAGAAAAUGUAACAGCCAUGCUCGACAUGUUGUCCGUAGAAGAAGAGCAGAAUUCACUGAAGUACAGUAUACAGCUGGAUCACUGCUACACCAGCCGAAAAUCCCCCUCAGAUCCAAAACCUAGUGAUCCAUUACCUAUUGCAGAAUCGCCUGAUAUUAACGAUGCUCCGUACACCUCGUCCUCUUCCUCCUCGUCAUCCUCGAUUCCUGCACCAACGCCUCCACCCAUCUCCCUUUCCUCUCCCACGCUAACCGGCUCUCAGGCCUUGGCGGCAGCAGUGGGGAAAUCGAAACUGACUAGACCUGUUCGGGGUCCAGGCAGACCUCGACGAGAUGGAAGACCACUGGGACCGACUCCGCAGACUCCGAAAGUAACCGGUAGCGGAGCAACUCGAAAUGCGAUCAGCCCUCUCCACCAGGGAGUGAAUAAAGGUGCCCUAGUGCCGCUCAUUAAGCCUCUGAAUAUGAACGAUGUCCGCAGUAAGAGUUCACUUCCUGCUGCGGCGACACCGGAAACUGCGGAUGAUGUUCCGCCGUCCUCAUCUUCGGAAUCUUCUGAAUCCGAACCACCGUCCGAUGAUGACUCGGACUUCGGGCCUCGGGGACCACGGAGAGGCGGGGUCAGGGCUCGAGGAGGUCGCAAGGGUCUUACCACCAGAGGUGGAAGCCUUGCCGCGACCAGACGCAGAGGCAGCAACAAGCACAUGGAUAUGGAACAGGUGCGGAGGCUUGAUAUGGAGAUGGCGGCGGCUGUUGACGCGAUGAAGAGUCCCGAGAAGGAGGAUAAAGUCGAGGAAAGACUGCUGAGCCCCGGCAAGGCGAAAAAAGGUAUAAAGACGAUGGGAGCAAAGAAGAAGGAAGAGCUACCAGCUCCUCUCAUUCCACCGCCUCAGACUGCGGCAGCAGAGGUGGAGCCGACAGUGCCAGAGAAACAGCUUGUUACGACAAACCAAGUGAAAGCAAACUUGAUCAACGCAAACACGAUAAAGGGCGACAUGAUACUGACGAAGCCGGGCCAAAUGCGGAACAAUCAAAAGGUGAUAUUCGUGCAGAAACAGGUCAUGAUGAAGGCGAGCGAGCUGAAGAACCUUGGGAUGAGGAAAUCCCUAGUUGUAUCAAAGCCGGCGGCCAAUCUCCUCGGCCAGGUCAACUCCAAACUACCCGUUGGCAAAGAGAUGAAAACAUCGCAGCAGCUCCUCGCCAAGGUCGCCACCCCUAUAGCUCCAACAACACCAACCAUCCAGAGCAAGGUCACUGUCCAGCCUGCACAACCCAUGCAACAGCAGCAGCAGCUGUCGACAUUGCAGACGCAGCAGAUUCCGCAACCGCCACAGCAGCAGCAGCAAACGCUACAGAAAAUCACUGUCGUACAAAAUGUGACCCCUGUCGCCAAGGUCAAAACGCCUGAGGCCAAAAAAGACAAGAAGAAACUCGAGGUUCUUGCAGAUAUCGCGCCAAAAGUCGAGGUGGAGCCCGUCAAACUUCCAGAACCAAAAACACCCGACGCUAAAAAACACCAAAAACGGGAGCACAGAAAAUCACCUUCGCAUUUUGUGGACGCUCUGGGUCCGGCGCUGUUCUCGACUCCAGACAUAAUUCGGCGGGUCGGUUCAGGCGGGGAGCCAAAAACUUCUGAAGUCAUCGCUACAACGAGUCCGGUGCAAAAGUCUGCGCCUGCAGCUGCAAUUGUCAUCUCUCCGAGUUCAGGAACAUCCACGAACCUGAUAGUCGCAGGUUCUACCGUUCAUUCAAUGUCGGCGAGUUCAACAGCGACGAUUUCGACACCGGCAAAUGCAACUGAGGCGGAUAAAAUGGAGCAGAGUAACGAAGAAGAUAAUCAAAUGAAAUUGCUAGGCGAAAAUCAGGCCGACGCGAUUCCUCGAGACGAUGAGAAAACUGAGGCUAAAGCUCCGCUCGUCGAGGAACUUCAGCCUUCUUUGGACGCCGCUUCGCACGCAGCUCGGAAUACUGAAGUAUCUUCAGCAUCCGUAGAACAACAUCACCCUGUUCCCAAAACAGUUGUACCCGAAUCCAGUGGAAUCGAAGGUGAAGAACAUUUACUGGCAACGCUUGAAAUGGAGGCAAGUAAGCACGAAGAGGAAUUAUUGGCAGAGGCUCUGCUUCUUCAGGAAGCCUUAGGCGUUGAUUUGGCGGAUCACGCCACUCUGGGUGAUCAAGCUUCGCCGGUGACAGAGGCACUUUUGCCAACAGCAGCACCGUUUGCUCCGCUGUCAGAAACGACCACUGGCGAACAGCAAGAGCAGCAUCGACACCAAAUAGCGUCGCCGGGCAGAUCGGUACCCUCAUCGCCAACAGUUGCAAUGCGGCCCGUCAUAUCAUCGAGUGACGUGACAAGCAACAAGAACAAAAUUGUCCGGGAUGACAAGGAGCCCGUUCAAAUCGUUCGUGGAGGUCGCAUUAUUACUCUGCCACCGAUUGAGGCCCCUGCCACCAGAAGCAAGCGACUUCAGACGAAGAGCGAAAACGUCGUUACGGCAACUACGCCAACGCCCACGCAAAAAAAAGUCGAAGCCGGAAAGAAAAGCGAGAAGACAAUCAAAUUUUGUCUUCCGCCUCGAGAAGCGCCUUUGCAACAGAGCAGAGACGAGGUCGAGUCUGAGAUGGACGAGGACGACGAAGACAAUGAGAAUUCGGAUUCCGAAGAUGACCCCGAUAGGCUUUGGUGCAUCUGCAAGAGACCACACAACAAUCGAUUCAUGAUAUGCUGCGACGUCUGUGAGGAUUGGUUCCAUGGAAAAUGCGUUCACGUCAGCAAGGCAAUGGGUCAACAAAUGGAGGAAAAGGGCAUUGAAUGGGUCUGCCCUAAUUGUGCAAAGAAAAAGUCAGAUGACACCAAGGAGACGCUUUCCGCGCCCUCACCUAAGGGCCGAAAAACCUCCUCGGACUUGACGGCAGCUGCCUCGCCUGCAGAUCUUCCACAGAGUGUCUCGUCUCCCGUCCACGCAGCCACGGCUUCGUUGACCAGCUCUGCGGGCUCACCUGCUUGCAUCGCUACAUCGCCGGUCGUCCCAAGCGCCAACGUCUCCGGGGUGACACAGUGUGUCGUCUGCAAGAAGGAGGCUAGAAACUCUAGCAUUUACUGCUCGGACGCCUGCAUUUUGACGCAUGCGCAGGAAUCUCUGACAAAAGACAAGCCGCCGCAGGCUGCUUUGCCGCAUCCCAAAUCUGCAGUUAAGUCAACGACGCAAGAAAAUAUUAAGAGCAAACCUGACGCCAGGGUCAUCGUCUUCGAGAGGAGAUCCGGAAAGGUUUUGACCGGCGCGGACGCACCAACAACAUCGAACCUAAAGACAUGGCUCAAAGAGAAUCCUACAUACGAAGUUGUCCGACCUAACAAUCUGAAUGCGCUUCAAAUCGGUGGAAAAACAGUAACGGCCAUAUCAACACCUGGACUGAGUGGGAAAAUUACGAAAAUAAAUCAGCAUCUAUUAGCUAAAAGUCAACAAGGUCAGGCAAAGAUGGUCUAUGCAAAGGUGGCGGGUUCGAAGCAGACGGUCCUGGCAGCCAGCAACAGUAAAAAAGUGACAAUAGUAUCGAGCGGAGGAAACUCGCAGCUUUCCAGUCCGUCGGUGCAGUCGAAGCCACAAGUUGUUCCAGCUCGACAGAUGCUGCUGACGCAGAUGUCAAGGAAUCCGACACAGCUAGCUUCGAAGCAAGUUUCGUCACCAAAGCAAAUGGGGCAGCAGCAACUGAUCAAGAGUCAGGCAACUACGACGUCAAUGACGAAGCAGCUUGCUGUUAAAAAAGCAGACGCCAAGGCCUCAACUUCGUCUCAGCAGCAGCCGAAGCUCCAAGCAACGGUGGCGAAGCGGCCGGAGACCGAGCCAAUUAGACUGAACAUCAGGAAGACGCUGGCGGAGCUAUUGUCGAGCAGAAUAAAAGAGGCAGAGGACCUGCGACUCGCCGAGGACGAGAUAACUGAGCUGGUACUGAAUAUCGAACUCGAGAUGUACAAGUUCUUUCGGGACACGGGUGCCAAGUACAAAGCGAAGUACCGCAGUCUCGUCUUCAACAUCAAAGAUACCAAGAACCUGACGCUCUUCAGGAAGAUCGCCGAUCGAUCGCUGGCGCCUGACGCAGUAGUGCGACUUAGUCCUGAUGAGAUGGCAAGUCAAGAGCUCGCCGAGUGGAGAGAAAAGGAGACGAAGCACCAGCUUGAGAUGAUUAAGAAGAAUGAACUCGACCUGAUGGCGCAGGCCAAGUCGAUCGUCGUCAAGACGCACAAGGGCGAGCUGAUUAUAGAGAAUGAUGGAGGCGUCGAGCGCGUAGAUCCAAAGACGCCGGUUCAGGACAUUGUAACGGCACUGAACAGUGGAGACGGUAUCACUUCAUCAACAGCCGGUGACGAGGAGAAAGCCAAAGAAGAGGAAGGCAAGUUAAAGGUAAAGCAUGAGGCGAAGAAGACGACGUCGCACGUCGGAGAGAAGAAGAAGGAAAAGGAAAAGGAGAAGGAGAAGGAAAAACAGGAGAGGAGUCGGAGUCGAGGCAGACGACAUCACAGCAGGGAUUCGGACAGCCGGAGCAAAACGAGGGAGAAGAGUAGGGAACGAGAGAGGAGGUCCACAAGGUCCAAGGAGACCAAAAGAGACAAAGAUCGAGAGAGGGAGAGGGAGAGAGAAAGGGACAAGGACAGGGACAGGGACAGGGACAGGGAACGCGACAAGGAGAGGGAGCGGGAGAAGAUUAAGGAGAAGGACAAGGACAAGCACAAGAAGAGCAACAGGAGCAGCAGUACUAGAAAUCGAAGCAGAGGGAGGCACAGGGAUUACAACUCGAAAGACAGUGUAACAAAGAAGGAGGAUGAUCGCAAAAAGGAGGUCGCGGAGUCUCGAAAGGAGCCGAGCCCAGCGGCGCAAGAAAAAACAAUGCCGAUUGAGGACAGACUGUGGCGUCACAUAGAGGACGAGACAACAACGAAUAACACAAUGGACGGGAACGAGUCGGACGUUUCGGACCGAGAGCCAAGCUCCACAGUGACGAUAAAGACGCCAGACUUCAACGAGGAAUUGGAGAGGGAAAAGGAGGAAGAAGAGACAGUGGAAGCUGCAGAGACAAAGCUCGAGGAGCAGCAGCGUCGGCUGGAAACCCGAGACCCUGAACCCGUUCUGCAGACUGUCUGGCGAGGCUUCGUCAAUAUGGUUGACGUUGCCAAGUUCUUCAUUACCGCUCAGGAAGUCAGUGGACAAGCGCGCGACCUUACCGAGGAUUUGCCUGACACCGUCGACGUCGUCGGUCGCAUCAGUCACGAGACGGUCUGGGACUACAUAUCAAAGAUGAAACGAACGGGUUCAAAGGAGAUCCUCGUGAUCCGAUUGACAGCGGCCAACGAUGAGGAGAAAAUCCCUUACAUAACGCUCUACAGCUAUCUGAACAGCCGGAGCCGUCUCGGCGUUGUCGGCAACGUGUCGAAGAACAUCAAGGACUUCUACAUAAUGCCUUUCUCGAGCCAGAGUGUCGUUCCGCGGGUUUUGUUGCCGCUGGACGGCCCGGGUUUUGAGGAAAACCGGCCGCAUCUUCUGCUCGGCAUAAUCGUGCGGAACAAGAGGAAACGGACGAUGACGCCGAUCGGCGGCAACGUGCCGCCGAAAAUUAUGCGCAAGGAAACGGAAAUUGGGCGCAGUUACACACCGCCGAUCCUCGAUCCGCCGGAAACCGCCGUUUCAACGACUCCUUCCACCGCUUCGCCAACAACUCUACUCGCACAGGCAGCUUCUGGCUCACUCAGCGACAACCCGGGAUGGUCAUCGCCAUUGCCAGCUCUGGACAAGCAAAACGUCGUGACGCAACUGACCCUGGAAACUCUGAACAAGGCCCACGUUGGAAUGUCUAGAGCCUCCAUAGUAGACAGUGCCAAGAUGGCGAAAAUCGUCCCAGAACUCUCAGCCAAGAUUCAGCUUGCCGACGACAUUCCUGAUCCCGAUGAUGGCGAUGAGCCUUACAGUCCCGGCCAGAUGGAUGAGGACAUACAUCAGGACGACGAUUCCGGACGGUUUGGAACCUCCGUCUCUGCUUUGGAUGACAUCGCCAAGUCUCAACAGCGCGGCGUCGCUCUGUCCAACGAUUUAGCCGCUGUCGCUAGUCUGCAGGCGCUCGCUGUGCCCUCCAAAAAUUCCAAUGAACUCCAGAGGAAGAUGGACGAACUUAAUAGACAGAUCGAAGAACAGAAACAACAGAUACAAAGCAUCAGUUCGUCUUUUCUCGGCGAUGCUGCUGCCACUUUACCGGGUCUUGGCCUAGAUCCGCCGUGUCUCAACGAUUCCGAGGAGGCUUACAGUCCGACGGACACUCGAUCAUUCACCCCACCGCCUCCAGGACUAUCCAAAAUAUCCCAACCGAUCCUGGACAAAGUUUCGAACAUAACGAUUCCCGCCAAUCUGCAGGAAAUCUUGGCCAACGUUAAGCGGCAAGAGAUAACUAAGGUCGACCCUUACCUGCCGUCGAAGCCGAGUGCAACUUUUCUAACCUCGGUGAAUGCGGCGGCGUAUCAAAAGCCUGAGAAAUAUGUGCCGAACGCGUACAGCAAAGGCAUGAAUCAGAUAAGUGGAAUGGGAAUCGGGACAUCUUCUUCUUCCUCGUUCUUCGAAUCGCAACCAGAGGAGCGUAAAAAAGAAAACAGAAGCACGCUUGGUUCGCUCAGCGAUCUCGACCUGAUAAAAAAAGCCGAGGAGGAACUCGCAGCUGUUGCGGAACUCGCAGCGGUUGCGGAAGCCGCGGCCGCUGCUACCGUCUCAAAUUCAAACUCCAGUUCCUCCCCGUCGUCGUCGAUGUCGUCGAAUUCUUCCUCUUCUUCAUCGUCCUCCUCGUCCUCCUUGACCAAGACAACGACGACCACGACGACGACGACGAGGUUUCAAGUCCCACCGCCAUCCUCGCAGCCUCAUCCUCACAUUCCCUUACCGUCGCCGUCAAAUUCCCAUCAGCAGCAACGAAGCCCGACGACAAGUUUUAGCCCGGAACCUUCACCUCCGGCCUCGCUGAGGCCGGAUUCCGGAACUGCUUCUUCCACUCCAAGGAAAAACCUGACUUUCGAUCAGCCCAAGCCACCCGGCCUCGAGGACGAGGACUUUUCUCUCGGUUUCCCAGCCGUCACACCGACGCCGAUUGGCAGCGCCGGAUUAUUCGUAGAAGAAACCGUCGCGUCGAAAAGUAAAAGUGGGAAAUUUUUGCCUAAAAGCGGCGUCGUUCUGAACGUUAAACGCAAAGUCGGCGACGAGGCAACGAUAUCACAAUCCGCUUCGCCAGCCGCCUCAUCAAAGACCCCGAGAACUAAGUCCAGGUGGGGACAGGGACCAGGCGAUAAAUAAUCCAUAUAUCGAUUUAGCAACAGAUCGUUCUCAGUGCGUUUACGAGUUAUUUGCAUGUCGAUUGUGUGUCAUUUUUCCUUGACGUCGUCGUCAAUAAACGAACAUUAUCCAGGGAUUUUUAAUGCUACAUCGGAUGAACCGCGUUCGGAAUAUGAAUUGAUCACAUCCAUUCUACAAUAAAUGAGUGGGGAGUCUGCCAAUUUCCAAAUACCGGUUAUUCUUCUUUUACACAC